CCACUCUGUCUCUUCACCCCGAUCACCCCCAUCACUUGGGGGCAGCCAGGCCCAGCCCCACAGCGCAGGCCUGUCACUGCAGCGGGAGUGGGGGUGGACUCCCUCUCCAUCCCCCCGAACCGCCCCUCCACGCUAGGCCAAGUUUGGCUGCAGUGCCAGGGCCGAGGGUGCUGCUGUGGGCAGAGCCCCGGACAGGGUGAGGAGCAGGACAUUGGCCACGCAUGCGAGCCCUGCGUCCCGGCCCAGUUUGCCUACGUGCGGAUCCAGCCCUAGUUCUGACCCUGCCGCCGGGGAUCCCCCCCCCGCGCUGCCGUCGCUCCCCGACUCCCUCUGCCCUGAUUGGCUGGGGCUGGCAGCUGUGGGCACAGAGCUGAGCAGAGACAGACAAAGAGAGAAGUUGGUGGCGAGGCUUGUGGCCUGGGGAGGAACCGACAGCCUGUGGGCGACCCUGGGCCCCUCGUCCCAUUGCACUGACACUGGCCAGAGCCGGGAUCCCGCUUCCCCUGCCUGGAUGCUGCUCCCUCUGCUGCUCCUCCCCUGGGCAUGGGGGGCCCUGGCCGCCUCCCCUCCUGUCCCCGCAGGGUCUCUCACCCUCCGGCUGCUCAAAACCACUGUCUUCCACAACGCCAGUUCUAGGAACAUGGAGGGGCUGGCCCUGCUCGGGGACCUGGAGACCCACUCCAUGAAUUGCAGCACCUGCAAGAUCCGCUUCCUGCAGCCCUGGGCCCAGCAGGGCCUCACUCCGAAGCAGUGGCAGGACCUGGAGACAGUGCUCCAUGACUAUCUGUCCAAAUUCAUCCUUCUUAUUAACAAAGUGGUUAAGGCUGAAGAAGAGCACUACCCCUUUGUCAUCCAGGCCUCCAUCGGCUGUGAGCUCCACCCCAACGGCACCUCACGGCAGUUCUGUGACGCCGCGGUGAACGGGGAGGAUUUCCUCAGCUUCAAUGUGGACGAGGGCGCCUGGGUCGCUCAGCACUGGCAUAAGCUGGCCCUCAACUCACGGGAUUUUCUUAACCAGCAUAAGAGCACGAUUGCCAUGGCUCAGUUUCUCCUGAGAACAACGUGUGUCAAUGAGCUCAAGAGCUUUGCCCAGUACGGGAAAGAGUCUCUGGUGAGACAAGAGCGGCCGGUCGCCGUGGUGUUUGCCCGAGCGCCUCCCCCAGCCGGGACCCCCGCGCCGGUACUGCUGGUUUGCCGGGUCACCGGUUUCUACCCCCGGCCCGUCCGCGUGGCCUGGCUGCAGGACGGGGAGGAGGUGGGGCCGGGCGGGCGGCUGAACUCCAGCGGGAUCCUGCCCAACGCGGACCUGACCUACCAGCUGCGCAGCUCCCUGGCCGUGGGGCCGGGCGCCGGGCACAGCUACGCCUGCCGGGUGCAGCACAGCAGCCUGGGGGGCCGGAGCCUGCUGAUCCCCUGGGAGCAGAGCAGGUCCUGGGGCCCCGGCCUGGCCGUGGGCAUCACCCUGGGGGUUGUGGCCGUAGCCGCUGUGGCCGUGGUGCUGUGACGGAGCAGACGCAGGGGCUACCAGGACAUUACACCAGGGGAGUCCAGGCCCUGAGGGGAUGGCACCGGCCCAGGCGUGGGGAUCAGCCCCUCUCCUGGGGACAUGGACCUUGGGGCUGGAUCUGUGCCCGGCUCCAGAGCUCAGGCCUUCCCUCUGGUCCCCCCAGGAACUGUCACCCUCCAGGUGCUCCUCACCGCCCUGUUCCCGGACGCCAGCUCUGCGCACAUACAGGUGAAGGCCCUGCUGGGCGACCUGGAGACCCACUCCCUGAACUGCAGCACCUGCGAGAUCCGCUUCCUGCAGCCCUGGGCCCAGCAGGGCCUGACCCCGAAGCAGUGGCAGGACCUGGAGCUGGUGAUCCAUCGCUCCCUGUCCGACUUCAUCCUUACCGUGAACACAAUAGCCCAGCAGCAGGGAAAGGGCUACCCCUUUGUUACCCAGGGCUCCCUCGGCUGCGAGCUGCACCCCAACGGCUCCUCGAGGGGAUUCUAUGACACCGCGGGGAAUGGCGAGGACGUCGUGAGCUUCGACGUGGACGUGGGCACCUGGGUCGCUCGGUCGGAGGAUAAGCUGGCGCUCAACGCCCGGGACCUUCUCAACUGGGAUAAGAGCGCGUCCACCAGGCUUCAGUUUUUUUUUAGAAUAACUUGCAUCUAUCUGCUCAAUAUGUUUGUCCUGUACGGGAAAGAGUCUCUGGAGAGGCAAGAGCGGCCGGUCGCCGUGGUGUUUGCCCGAGCGCCUCCCCCAGCCGGGACCCCCGCGCCAGUACUGCUGGUUUGCCGGGUCACCGGUUUCUACCCCCGGCCCGUCCGCGUGGCCUGGCUGCAGGACGGGGAGGAGGUGGGGCCGGGCGGGCGGCUGAACUCCAGCGGGAUCCUGCCCAACGCAGACCUGACCUACCAGCUGCGCAGCUCCCUGGCCGUGGGGCCGGGCGCCGGGCACAGCUACGCCUGCCGGGUGCAGCACAGCAGCCUGGGGGGCCGGAGCCUGCUGAUCCCCUGGGAGCAGAGCAGGCCCUGGGGCCCCGGCCUGGCCGUGGGCAUCACCCUGGGGGUUGUGUCCGUAGCUGCCGUGGCCGUGGUGCUGUGGUGGACCAGACGCAGAGUCUACCAGGAUGUUAGACCAGGGGAGUCCAGGGCCUCAGGGUGCGGCCCCGGCCCAGGCGUGGGGAUCGGCCCCUCUCCUGGGGACAUGGCACUCAGGGCUGGGUCUGUGCCCGGCUCCAGAGCUGAGGGCGCCGAGGGCAGGACUGGAUCGGGGCCCUGGGAGAUCGGGGCCCUGGGUGGGGGGUGGGAUUCUUCUCCCUCUGGGACAUUCAGGGGACGUUGGACACUUGGGGGCACCGUGGGAUUGCUGGGAUCCAGGAUCCAUGGGGACCCGGCGCUGGCCUGUGCCGUUCAAUAA